GAGCCUGCAGGGGCAAGUUGGGGUGGAAGUCAGGUGUGACUGUGACCUUGGCAGGGAGGCGAAGGCUUGUCGAGAGUCAGGUGUGGUCAGUAGCCCUUGGACAUUGAAGUACACUCUUGCUCCCUCGCCUUCACCCCGGACACUCUCAGGGCCUUCAGACAGGAGCUUGAGGGCAGAGGGAGGGCUGCCUGGCUAGGCUUUCUGAGACAACACACCCUCGGAGAACAACUGCCUUCCCCUCCUGCUCCAGGCCCAACAUGCCCUAACCUGUACCCUCAGUCUCAUCCCCCCAGACCUGCUCGUCUUCCUGGUGAAUGGUGCCUUACCACCCACCCAGCCACCCGAGUCAGAAACCUGGGUUUCCUCCCAGCCUCCUCUGCUCUCCUAGCCCACAUCUAGUCCGUCACCAUGUUUCUGCCUUCUGCGUAUCUUUGGAAUUCAUCCACUUCUCUCUCCACUGCCUUCCCCUAAGCCACCCUCAGCUCUGUUUGGGCUCUUGAUGCCGCAGCCUCCUGCUGGCUUCCCUGCCUCAGGUCUCCACCCUCAUAACCCGUUCUCCACUCCACAGGAAGAGUCAUGUUGCAGGAUGAAAGCCUGAUCCUGUCACCCCCUAGCUUCACAUCUCUCGCUCUCCUCCAUUGGCUUCAGGAUUGAGCCGAGGGGUCUCAGCCCUCCUCUGGGCCCUGUGUUAUCAAGCCUCUGUCAGCCUCACCCUGUGCUCUUCCCCUCCCCACACCCCACCAUCUGUCUGUCCCAUUCGGGUCUGUCUGGGAGUCCUGAGGGCUCAGACCAUUGUCCAGCGCAGGGCCUGGAGUGUGGUAGAUGAGUGAGUAGAGGGGUGGAGUCAGGCCUGGAUCCCCAAUAGGACUUGGGGGGCAUAGUGGAAUAGUUUUUAGAGCAGAGUCCAAGAACCUCCAUGCUGAUCCCUUAAAGAUCAGAGCCCACGGACCAGGGACUUGCAGGUGGAAACUAGCUGGAAACACUAAAAUAGGCAAACCUGUCUUCGUUAAGGUCCCUGAGGACCAGACUGGGCUGUCGGGAGGGGUGGCCUCCUUUGUGUGCCAAGCCACAGGGGAGCCCAAGCCACGCAUCACAUGGAUGAAGAAGGGGAAGAAAGUCAGCUCCCAGCGCUUCGAGGUAAUUGAGUUUGACGAUGGGGCAGGGUCCGUGCUGCGGAUCCAGCCAUUGCGGGUGCAGCGGGAUGAAGCCAUCUAUGAGUGCACAGCCACCAACAGUCUGGGAGAGAUCAACACUAGUGCCAAGCUCUCAGUGCUCGAAGAGGAACAGCUGCCCCCUGGUUUCCCCUCCAUCGACAUGGGGCCGCAGCUGAAGGUGGUGGAGAAGGCACGCACGGCCACCAUGUUGUGCGCAGCAGGCGGGAAUCCAGAUCCUGAGAUCUCUUGGUUCAAGGACUUCCUCCCGGUGGACCCCGCCACAAGCAACGGCCGCAUUAAGCAGCUGCGUUCAGGUGCCUUGCAGAUUGAGAGCAGCGAGGAGUCGGACCAAGGCAAGUACGAGUGUGUGGCGACCAACUCUGCAGGCACACGCUACUCGGCCCCUGCCAACCUGUAUGUGCGAGUGCGCCGUGUGGCUCCUCGUUUCUCCAUCCCUCCCAGCAGCCAGGAGGUGAUGCCGGGCGGCAGCGUGAACCUGACUUGCGUCGCGGUGGGUGCGCCCAUGCCCUAUGUGAAAUGGAUGAUGGGGGCUGAGGAGCUCACCAAGGAGGACGAGAUGCCAGUUGGCCGCAAUGUGCUGGAGCUCAACAACGUCGUGCGCUCUGCCAACUACACCUGCGUGGCCAUCUCCUCGCUAGGCAUGAUUGAGGCCACGGCCCAGGUCACAGUGAAAGCUCUGCCGAAGCCUCCAAUUGACCUUGUAGUGACGGAGACGACUGCCACCAGUGUCACCCUGACAUGGGACUCUGGGAACUCGGAGCCCGUGUCCUACUAUGGCAUCCAGUACCGUGCAGCAGGCACAGAGGGCCCUUUCCAGGAAGUGGAUGGCGUGGCCACCACCCGCUACAGCAUCGGUGGCCUUAGCCCUUUCUCAGAGUAUGCCUUCCGCGUGCUGGCAGUGAACAGCAUCGGCCGAGGGCCGCCCAGUGAGGCGGUGCGGGCCCGCACUGGGGAGCAGGCGCCCUCCAGCCCACCGCGCCGCGUGCAGGCACGCAUGCUGAGCGCCAGCACCAUGCUGGUGCAAUGGGAGCCACCUGAGGAGCCCAAUGGCCUGGUGCGGGGCUACCGCGUCUACUACACUCCUGACUCCCGCCGCCCCCUGAGCGCCUGGCACAAGCACAACACAGACGCAGGACUCCUCACCACCGUGGGCAGCCUGCUGCCUGGCAUCACCUACAGCCUGCGCGUGUUGGCCUUCACCGCCGUUGGCGACGGCCCGCCCAGCCCCACCAUCCAGGUCAAGACGCAGCAGGGAGUGCCUGCCCAGCCUGCGGACUUCCAGGCCGAGGCGGAGUCAGACACCAGGAUCCAGCUCUCAUGGCUGCUGCCCCCGCAGGAGCGGAUCAUCAAGUAUGAGCUGGUGUACUGGGCGGCAGAGGACGAAGGCCAGCAGCACAAGGUGACCUUCGACCCCACCUCCUCCUACACUCUAGAGGACCUGAAGCCUGACACGCUGUACCGCUUCCAGCUGGCUGCCCGCUCUGAGUUGGGCGUGGGCGUCUUCACCCCCACCAUUGAGGCCCGCACGGCACAGUCCACCCCCUCCGCCCCUCCCCAGAAGGUGACAUGUGUGAGCGUGGGCUCCACCACGGUCCGGGUAAGUUGGGUACCACCGCCGGCCGACAGCCGCAACGGCGUCAUCACCCAGUACUCGGUGGCCUACGAGGCGGUGGACGGCGAGGACCGCAGGCGGCAUGUGGUGGACGGCAUCAGCCGCGAGCACUCCAGCUGGGACCUGGUGGGCCUGGAGAAGUGGACGGAGUACCGGGUGUGGGUGCGGGCGCACACAGACGUGGGCCCCGGCCCCGAGAGCAGCCCGGUGCUGGUGCGCACAGACGAGGACGUGCCCAGCGGGCCACCGCGGAAGGUGGAAGUGGAGCCACUGAACUCCACUUCUGUGCGCGUCUCCUGGAAGCUGCCUGUCCCCAGCAAACAGCACGGCCAGAUCCGCGGCUAUCAGGUCACCUAUGUGCGGCUAGAGAAUGGUGAACCCCGUGGCCCACCCAUCAUCCAGGAUGUCAUGCUGGCCGAGGCCCAGUGGCGGCCAGAGGAGUCCGAGGACUAUGAAACCACCAUCAGCGGCCUGACCCCGGAGACCACCUACUCCAUUACUGUUGCUGCCUACACUACCAAGGGGGAUGGUGCCCGCAGCAAACCCAAAAUUGUCACGACGACCGGGGCAGUCCCAGGACGGCCCACCAUGAUGGUCAGCACCACGGCCAUGAACACCGCUCUGCUCCAGUGGCACCCACCCAAGGAGCUGCCUGGUGAGCUGCUGGGCUACCGGCUGCAGUACCGCCGGGCCGACGAGGCAAGGCCCAACACCAUAGAUUUUGGCAAGGACGACCAGCACUUUACGGUCACCAGUCUGCACAAGGGGGCCACCUACAUCUUCCGGCUUGCUGCCAAGAACCGGGCUGGCCUAGGCGAGGAGUUCGAGAAGGAGAUCACAACCCCUGAGGAUGUGCCCAGUGGCUUCCCCCAAAACCUGCGUGUGAUAGGGCUGACCAUCUCCACUACGGAACUGGCCUGGGAACCCCCAGUGCUAGCAGAGAGGAACGGGCGUAUCACCAACUACACCGUGGUGUACCGUGACAUCAACAGCCAGCAGGAGCUGCAGAACGUCACUGCCAACACCCACCUUACACUCUCCGGCCUCAAGCCAGACACCACUUACGAUGUCAAGGUCCGCGCACGCACCAGCAAAGGCGCCGGCCCACUCAGCCCCAGCAUCCAGUCCCGGACCAUGCCCGUGGAGCAAGUGUUUGCCAAGAACUUCCGUGUGGCAGCCGCAAUGAAGACGUCUGUGCUGCUCAGCUGGGAGGUCCCUGAUUCCUACAAGUCAACCGUCCCCUUCAAGAUUCUGUACAACGGGCAGAGUGUGGAGGUGGACGGGCACUCGAUGCGGAAGCUGAUCGCAGACCUGCAGCCGAACACAGAGUACUCGUUUGUGCUGAUGAACCGUGGCAGCAGUGCGGGGGGCUUGCAGCACCUGGUGUCCAUCCGCACAGCCCCUGACCUUCUGCCACACAAGCCGCUGCUUGCCUCUGCCUACAUAGAGGACGGCCGCUUCACCCUCUCCAUGCCCCACGUGCAGGACCUCUCGCUCGUCAGGUGGUUCUACAUCGUGGUGGUGCCCAUUGACCGUGUGGGCGGGAGCAUGCUGGCCCCGCGAUGGAGCACCCCUGAGGAGCUGGAGCUGGACGAGCUUCUAGAGGCCAUCGAGCAGGGCGUUGGGGAGCGGCGCCGGCGGCGGCAGGCAGAGCGGCUGAAGCCCUACGUGGCUGCUCAGGUGGACGUGCUCCCUGAGACCUUCACCCUGGGGGACAAGAAGACCUACCAGGGCUUCUAUAACCGGCCCUUGUCUCCAGACCUGAGCUACCAGUGCUUCGUGCUCGCCUCCCUGAAGGAGCCCGUGGACCAGAAGCGCUAUGCCUCCAGCCCCUACUCUGAUGAGAUCGUGGUCCAGGUGACACCAGCCCAGCAGCAGGAGGAGCCAGAGAUGCUGUGGGUGACGGGCCCCGUCCUGGCGGUCAUCCUCAUCAUCCUCAUUGUCAUCGCCAUUCUCCUGUUCAAGAGGAAAAGGACCCAUUCUCCGUCGUCCAAGGAUGAGCAGUCAGUUGGGCUGAAGGACUCCUUGCUGGCGCACUCCUCUGACCCUGUGGAGAUGAGGAGGCUCAACUACCAGACCCCAGGUUCCAGUGUCCCCAGUUGCCCGAAUAUCUCAAGUAUGCGAGACCACCCUCCUAUCCCAAUCACUGACCUGGCGGACAACAUUGAGCGCCUCAAAGCCAACGACGGCCUCAAGUUCUCCCAGGAGUAUGAGUCCAUUGACCCUGGUCAGCAGUUCACGUGGGAGAACUCAAACCUGGAGGUGAACAAGCCCAAGAACCGUUAUGCAAAUGUCAUUGCCUACGACCACUCUCGAGUCAUCCUCACCUCCAUCGAUGGUGUCCCGGGGAGUGACUACAUUAAUGCCAACUACAUCGAUGGCUACCGCAAGCAGAAUGCCUACAUUGCCACACAAGGCCCACUGCCGGAGACCAUGGGCGAUUUCUGGCGGAUGGUGUGGGAACAGCGCACGGCCACUGUGGUCAUGAUGACGCGGCUGGAGGAGAAGUCCCGGGUGAAGUGUGAUCAGUACUGGCCAGCCCGUGGCACUGAGACCUACGGCCUCAUUCAGGUGACCCUGCUGGACACAGUGGAGCUGGCCACGUAUACUGUGCGCACCUUCGCGCUCCACAGGAGUGGCUCCAGUGAGAAGCGGGAGCUGCGCCAGUUCCAGUUCAUGGCCUGGCCAGACCAUGGGGUUCCCGAGUACCCGACCCCGAUCCUGGCCUUCCUGCGGCGGGUCAAGGCCUGCAACCCUCUAGAUGCAGGGCCCAUGGUGGUGCACUGCAGUGCGGGCGUGGGCCGCACGGGCUGCUUCAUCGUUAUUGAUGCCAUGCUGGAGCGGAUGAAGCACGAGAAGACAGUUGACAUCUAUGGCCAUGUGACGUGCAUGCGAUCGCAGCGGAACUACAUGGUGCAGACAGAAGACCAGUAUGUGUUCAUCCACGAGGCGCUGCUGGAGGCCGCCACGUGUGGUCACACAGAGGUGCCCGCCCGCAACCUCUACGCCCACAUCCAGAAGCUGGGCCAAGUGCCUCCUGGGGAGAGUGUGACCGCCAUGGAGCUCGAGUUCAAGUUGCUGGCCAGCUCCAAGGCCCACACAUCCCGCUUCAUCAGCGCCAACCUGCCCUGCAACAAGUUUAAGAACCGCCUGGUGAACAUCAUGCCCUAUGAAUUGACCCGAGUGUGUCUGCAACCCAUCCGUGGUGUAGAGGGCUCUGAUUACAUCAACGCCAGCUUCCUGGAUGGCUAUAGACAGCAGAAAGCCUACAUAGCCACACAAGGGCCUCUGGCAGAGAGCACCGAGGACUUCUGGCGCAUGCUAUGGGAGCACAACUCCACCAUCAUCGUCAUGCUGACCAGGCUUCGGGAGAUGGGCAGGGAGAAAUGCCACCAGUACUGGCCAGCAGAGCGCUCUGCUCGCUACCAGUACUUUGUUGUUGACCCGAUGGCUGAAUACAACAUGCCCCAGUAUAUCCUGCGUGAGUUCAAGGUCACGGAUGCCCGGGAUGGGCAGUCGAGAACGAUCCGGCAGUUCCAGUUCACAGACUGGCCGGAGCAGGGCGUGCCCAAGACAGGCGAGGGCUUCAUCGACUUCAUUGGGCAGGUGCACAAGACCAAGGAGCAGUUUGGACAGGACGGACCCAUCACAGUGCACUGCAGUGCCGGUGUGGGCCGCACCGGAGUGUUCAUCACUCUGAGCAUCGUCCUGGAGCGGAUGCGCUACGAGGGCGUGGUUGACAUGUUCCAGACCGUGAAGACCUUGCGGACACAGCGCCCGGCCAUGGUGCAGACAGAGGACCAGUACCAGCUGUGCUACCGCGCGGCCUUGGAGUACCUCGGCAGCUUUGACCACUAUGCAACGUAACUACCGCUCCCCUCUCCUCCGCCGCCCCUGCUUGGGGGCUCCGGAGGGGACCCAGCUCCUCUGAGCCAUACAACCAUCGUCCAGCCCUCCUGCACGGAUGCUGUUGCUGGCAGAGCACAGCCCACUGGGAUCACAGCGUUUCAGGAACAUUGCCACACCAAACGGAGAGCCCAGAACCCCCCUGGCGAGUGGGUGGCCCGGCAGGCAGGCGCCAUGGCCCGUCUGUGUCCAUCGGGCCCCCCGGAGCCUGCUUCGAGCUCUCUGUUCCGCUACCGCAGUUCUCAUGCUUCUUCUCAUGGGGUGGGGAUGGGGGCAAAGCCUCCCUUUUUAUACAUUAAGUGGGGUAGACAGAGAGAUUCUAGCCUCUUCCCUCUGAUUUUUCUUUUUGCAAAUCCUUAACUGCAGAGUGGGCCGCUGUGGGGGUUGGGGUGUAGUUUUCCUUUUUUGAGUUCACCCUGGAUCCUUUUUCUGUAUGACUUACUGCUGAAGGACGAACACGCCCUCGUGUGUGGAGCUGGGGCCGCCAGCCUGUGCGGAGGCCUCACCGAGCCAGCGGCUCUCCCAGCGCUUCAGACAAGAUCCUGUUUCAGCCAAAUGCAGGGAAACACGAUUUUUUUUUUUUUGUAAGCUUCGUUUUGUUUUUCCUUAAGAGCCUUAUUUUAGGCCCCACAGACAGUGGUGGGUGGGGAGGAGUGAGGAGACACUCAUCCCCAGUCGUCUGUUCCGUGUGUGUGCAACAUUCACAGCCCAGAACCACAGACGUGUCUAGGGGAGCCUGGCAAGGCAUUCCUCAUCACCAUCGUGUUUGCAAAGGUUAAAAAAAGCAAAGACAAAAAACACAAACAAACAAACAAAAAAAUCAAAAAAAAAAAAACCCGAGAAAAAAAAUGAAUCAUCCCCUGGCCUCUGCUUCAACCCCCAGGAGGGGAGGUGGCUCUGUGCACCUGGGUUCCCAGGGAGCCGCAGGGCUGACUUCUGGGCCCACGGGGCAUCGCUUUUGCCCCCAGCAUUGCGGUAUGGCAUGGUGUUGGUAGGCUGUGGGUCUGGCUGCAUGGCCAAGGCGAUUGGCACAGGGCAGAGUGUGUGCCACGCCCCACACACCUCAGGGCCAAGCAGGGGCGCGGCUGGCCCUUCAGGUCCAGGCCAGUGGGCCUGGGAGCACAUGUCUGUCCUCGGAGCAGGGGCCAGAUGAUUUUCCCUCCCUGGUUUGCAGCUGUUUCAAAGCCCCUGAGAAUUGCUCUUUUCCACUCCUUCAAGAUGCCCUCAUAAACCAAUGUGGCAAGACUACUGGACUCCUCUCAAUGGUACUAUAAUCAAUCCUUAUUACGUCAGCUUGCUGAGGGGCAGGGAGAGGGCCUCUUCCUCUGGGCAGCACUAUCUAGAUAGGUAAGUAGGGGCGGGGAAGGGUGCAUAGAGGUGUUAGCUGAGGGAUGUGGAGCCCACGUCCCCAGAUCUAGCUAGGCUCAGUGAAGAUCAGCGAUCCAGGGUUGGUAAUGUUGGCCGAGACAUUCAUUUUUACCUUGUGGAUGCUAGUGCUGUAGAGUUCACUGUUGUACACAGUCUGUUUUCUAUUUGUUAAGAAAACUACAGCAUCAUUGCAUAAUUCUUGAUGGUAAUAAAUUUGAAUAAUCAGAUUUCUUACAAA